GUAAUUAGCGCGAUUAGCCCAAGCAAAUGACUAUCUUAGCGUUUGCAUAUUAAUCGUAAUCUCCGUAAGACGGCACAGCUGGCUAUUAAAUCCCACCGCUGUUCCCUUUUUCUCACCUCCAGAGUGUCCUAUUCUGUCCUUUGCGCCCAAAACUAAUUCUACAUCCCUACCAAAGAAAAACCCCACAGAAGUAAAGGAUAUUUAAGAUCAAAAUGCUCCAACAACUCCCCUGUACCCCCUCCGACGCCGACGCCCUCGCAACCCUCUACCUCCAGUGCUUCGACCAACCCGUGGACCAGCGACUCUGGCCCAACACCCCCGAGAUCCACGCCUGGUGGGUAGCCAGCUUCACCCGGAAACUGACGGAGGGGGUGGAUAAAUACCACAUCCUGAAAGUCAUCGAUACAGAGAAAGACGAUGAGCUGGUCGGGUUUCUGGAGUGGAAGCUCCCUGCUCCUAUACAGCAAGAUCCUACCGUGAGCGACACUGAAAAAGAGGAGCAUGCCGAUGGAGAAGACCCCGAGACUCAAGAACUCCUCGCUACGUACCCAUCUCACGUGGGCGAUCUGGAGCUCCUCAAGGUAACGCUGGAGCAUUUCAAGACUAACGUGGGGGCUAUUAUGGGGGAGAGGAGGUUUUAUUAUCUCAACAUGCUCGGCACUAAGCCCGAGUACCGACGACGGGGCGUCGCAUCGCAGAUGAUCAAGUGGGGAACAAACCGCGCGGAUGAAGAAGGUAUCGAGACAUUUGUGGUUUCUGCGCCUGGGGCGAGGGCCGUGUAUCUGAAGCAUGGGUUUGAGCUUGCGAGGGAGGGAGAGGAUAUGGGGGAUUUUGUGCCGUGGUAUAUGGUUCGGAAGCCCAAGGUUGAGGCUAAGGAGGCAAAGAAGAAAGAGGGUGGGUAUGUGAAGUGGUUGUUGGGGGUGUCUGCUGUGCUUGGGGUUGCGGCUAUUGUUUACCAGAGGGUGCACAGAAGGGCUUUGUAGAUACAAACAUCGUAUGCUUGCCAUGACAUCAACUCACGUGAAUCAUCACUCAUUC